AUGACUGGCCCUCGGGACGCGGUGGCCUUCGAGGACGUGGCUGUGGCCUUCAGCCGGGAGGAGUGGGCCCUGCUGGACAGUGCCCAGAGGGAGCUGUACAGAGAGGUGAUGCUGGAGACCCUCCGGAACCUGACCUCGCUAGGGUCUGAGAUGCAACUUGAAACUAUUGAAACAGUUGCUUUGCAAGAUCUUUAUGGAGCAAAAAUAUCCAAUAAACAGAAAAUAGUAACAUUCAAAAGGAACGAUGCUUGGUCAUCUAUUUUACACAAAAUCUGGGAAUACUGCCUCACCGACUAUCAGAACAAAAGCUGUGAGAAACAUUUGAGGAGUUCUGGGGUGGAGAAUAUCUGUGAAUAUAAUGAAGAAAAUCAAUGUGGACAAACCUUCAGCCACGUUCCAAACCUUUAUAAACUCAAGAGAACAACUGAGGUGAAAUCCUAUGAAUGCUAUGAGUGUAAAAAAGCUUUCCCAGAUCAGUUAUCUCUGAAGAAUCACAUCAAGUCUCACACUGGAGGCAAACCAUACCAGUGUAAGGAGUGCGGGAAAGCUUUCUAUUUUCUUGCUUGUUUCAAGAAGCACAUGAAAAUUCCGAUCGAAGAGAAGCCCUAUGAGUGUGAGGAGUGUGCCAAAGCCUUUGGCUGUUCCUCGUUCUUCAGGGCACACAUGAAGAUUCACACUGGAAAGACAAGCUACGAGUGCAAGGACUGCGGGAGAGCCUUUAGCUGUUCUUCGUCCCUGACAGAGCACAAAAGAAUCCACAGUGGGGAUAAGCCCUAUGAGUGCAAGGACUGCGGGAAAGCUUUCAGUUGCUCCUCCUCACUCUCCAAACACAAAAGGAUCCACAGUGGGGAUAAGCCCUACGAGUGCAAGGACUGCGGGAAAGCCUUUAGUUCUUCCUCCCACCUUAUAAUACACCUAAGAAUCCACACUGGAGAGAAGCCCUAUGAAUGUAAGGAGUGUGGGAAGGCCUUCAGUGAGUCCUCCAAACUCACUGUGCACUUGAGGACCCACACUGGAGAGAAGCCCUAUGAAUGUAAGGAGUGUGGGAAGGCCUUCAGUGAGUCCUCCAAACUCACUGUGCACUUGAGGACCCACACUGGAGAGAAGCCCUAUAAAUGUGAGGAGUGCGGGAAGGCCUACAACUGCCCCUCCUCCCUAAGUAUCCACAUGAGGAAGCACACUGGCGAGAAGCCCUAUGAGUGCCUGGAGUGUGGCAAAGCCUUCUAUCUCCCCACUUCCCUUAAUACACAUGUGAAAAAUCAAAGCAGAGACAAACCCUAUGAAUGUAAGGAAUGUGGGAGAGCCUUUAGCUGCCCCUCAUCCUUCAGAGUGCAUGUGAGGGAACACGUGGGAAAAAUACAGUAUGAAUGUAAGGAGUGUGGGAAGACCUUUAGUCGCUCCUCGUCCCUCACGGAACACUUGAGGACGCACAGCGGAGAGAAACCUUAUGAGUGUAAGGAGUGUGGGAAAACCUUUAUUAGUUCCUCCCACCUUACAGUACAUAUUCGAACUCACACUGGAGAAAAACCUUAUGAAUGUAAGAAAUGUGGAAAAGCCUUUAUUUAUCCCUCAGCUCUUAGGAUCCACAUGCGAACACAUACCGGGGAGAAGCCCUAUGAGUGUAAGGACUGUGGGAAAGCCUUCCGCCACUCUUCGUACCUGACUGUGCACGCCAGGACGCACACGGGUGAGAAACCCUUUGACUGCCUGGAGUGCGGGAAAGCCUUCAGCUGCCCCUCUUCCUUUCGGAGACAUGUGAGAAGCCACACUGGAGAGAAACCAUACGAGUGUAACGAAUGUGGGAAAGCCUUUGUUUGCCCUGCGUACUUUCGAAGACAUGUGAAAACACACACCAGAGAAAAUAUAUUAUAGUAAUUAAAAAUGUGCAAGAAUUUUUGAAAUCUUAACUUGGAAGGUCUCAUACCAUGAAGUCACCUUAUGAAUGUAAAAAAGUAGGAAGCUUCAUUCUUUUUUUUUUUUUUUUGAGGUGUCUGAGCUCUCACAACUCGACACCAUGUACGCAGACCACACGAUCCACUUUCACGUGCAUCCUAGCUGUAUGUAAGUUCGGACAGAAGCAAAGCCUCACCUGAGCCGGGGACUGCUGACUCACUGAUUUCCAAAUUUUAUUUUCUAAUGUGCUCUCCCAUUCCUGUCCUGACCCUUCUCCUUCCUCCUCCCCUACAGAAUGUCUCUGAUCUAGAGUUGUCCCCACCCCCAAUCUCGUAUUUAGUUCCUCCACAUUCCUCACUGAUUUUCAUUUAAGAAGAUGAAAGUAUUUGGUUUGCACUUAGGUGCAGUUAGCUAUACUUUUUCCUUUGGUGUUUUUCUUUAUUUCUAAAAGUUUACCUAUUCACUUCCCUCUACUCACCUCGUACUAUUCUGUUAAGGCUUUUAUAUUUUUAGAUGCAUUAAUUUCUAAGUAUACUGUUUAAUGAAAUUUCACAUGUACGUAUACAUUCUAAUUAUGGGUCCGCUUAUCCUGUAAUGGUUUUCUUUUGAACCUCAUUUAUCCCUAAAUAAUUUGGAAAGGGAAAAGAAAAUCUGUUAUUCCAGGAAGUUAAUUUAUUUUGUCCUUUUUCAAUAAUUGCUCUAGGAAAGCACAAUUUUUAUUUGUUACAAUUUAUUGGAUUUGCUUGUUCUUGACUGAUGUGUGCAUGUUAUCAUGCAGUAUUUGCCAUAUGUAGUUAUGCACUUGGCUUUUGAUUACCUUUGCCAGACAUGUACACGUCUGUCUUGGAAAAACAUGACUGACUCAGUGGGUAGACUCUAUGUUUAGAUUUGGGAGGUAUUUCAGUUUUUUCAAAAAGGUGACUACCUUAUAGGCCUAGAAGUGGCGCAGGGAACCCAGGUGCUCCCCACACGCGGUCAGCGCUUCCUGGUUUUAGCUGUCACCAGAGUAUGUGUUAAAAAUAUAUUGCUUCUAAUUUUCACUUACCUGGUAUUUAAUAAUUUUGAAUACUUCUUAUAUUUGUUCAGUAUUUAGUUACUGUAUGAGGACACCUGUUGAAUCAUUUUAGCCACUUUUGAUUCCUUAUUUAUUUGCAGAGUUUCCUUUCGGCUGCUUGCUCUUAAUUGUAUGUGUGUGUUUAGAUCUAAUUACAUAGCUGGGAUACCUGGAACAUUAUAUAUUAUAUGUACAUGGAUUAUAGCAUAUAUAUGCACACAUAUAUUGCAGAUAAAUUUUCCCAUCACUG